AUGGAUUCUCGUGACUUUUCUUUUGGGAUGAACUACAAUUCUCGCUCUCCGCACGAACAAGGGUUCCAUUUCAAUCCUCUUUCUGCCCAAUCUGGAUCUAGCCUCCAACCUGAACCUGAUUUUGCUGCCGCCCCGACCAUCUUCCGCAGCUCAAAUGGACCGUACCAACACCAACCAGAAGAUCAGGCUGCCCAUCAAGAAGACCUGCAGAUGAUGGACGAUGGACUGAUGGAACUCCCAUUACCUUCAGUGGAACUACCAACUGGAGUUCCAAACCAGGUUGCGAGGAAAUCUCAUCGGUCCAAAUAUGCUCAACUUGAUUGGGAUACCCACAAGCAUCACAUUCAGAAACUAUACUUUGAGAACAAGACCUUGAAACAAAUCAGAGAGACCAUGGUUCGGGACCAUGCUUUUAACGCUUCUGACAAGCUCUACAAGAACAAAUUUAGCGAGUGGCGGUGGCAGAAGAACCUUUCUGCAGAUACUGCUCUAUUUAUGGUGCAGAAGGCCAAGCAGCGGAAAAGGAAUUUCGGCAAGGACACGACUUUUCAUUACGGAGGAAGGGAAUGGCCGUUGCAAAAGGCCGAGACUACUGUCUCGAGAUCGAAGAGACAGAGAGACGAGGAUCAUAUGAUAAUCGUCGAAACUCCACAAGGCAUGACGUACGAGACUCCUGCGGCGCUCGUUCUCUCUCCGGAAAAAAGCCACCUCUAUAACGAGAAGGACGAGAAUGACCGCUCUGAUGCAAACUCAAUCUCGGAUACUGACUCAGAGGCCAGCGGUGGCGAGAACAUGUUGAGGCUCACAUGGGAAGGUCACACCGGCCCCGAAUUCCUCACCCUGUGGAAGUUGGCGCUUCAAUACCGUGAUGAAGGAAAAGUGAAUGAGGCCGAGUAUCAUCUCGAACGGGUUUGGACCGGCCUCCGCCACAUCUCAGGCGUAACAAACGAAGACACUAACAAGGUUGCCUACAGCCUUGCAAACUUGUAUGCUGAUACGGGUCGCAUGGACAAAGCUGUCGGUCUCGUCGAGCGUGUCAUUCAAGACCAUGUGAAGAUUCUUGGUUAUGAGAGCAAAAUCACACAGCAGCGGGUUCUUCUAGCUGCAGAGAUUCUCAACGGCUGGAACCGACAUGCCGAAGCACUGGGUAUGCUCUCUCGCUCCAACGAAUUGCUUGGCACGUCUGGUCUUGAUCAGAGGAGGAGUCCCCGCAAAGCCAAGACUAGACGCCAUGCGAGGGAGAAGGAACGGUCCACUGGCGCAGACGAGGUCUCUCAAAUUCUUGCCACAGAAUUUAAUGACUCUGAUCCUGACAAGAUCAGCUGGGCCCUAACGGUCGCUCGUCGUCAAGUGUUGGCUCGGAGUGAGAAUGCAGAAAUGUUGCUGCGUGCCAUCAUCACUCACUGUGAGAUAUAUCCUAAUGAAAACCUGCGACAGCAUCUUGUAGCAAGAGGUGAGCUUCUUGCGCUUUACGAGAAGCUCGAUGUUGCGGACCAGCGCGUCGCGGCGUUUGAAAGCGCAAUGAAUGCUCUCAAACAGACCUGGGACCUCGUUGACUGGGAUGAAGACCGCUUGGAGCACUUCGAGAUUAUGGAAGCAUCGCUUCAACUGAUAGCCAAUAUGUUAAAGAGCGGCUAUAAAAAUGAGGCACGACGAUUCUUCGAGGAGGCUGUUGAGCUGGCAGCCAAGACUUUCGGGACAACUGAUGAAAGGACGAUCUGGAUUCUUAUUACCAUUGGAAUUGUUGUUCAGACUCAUAUGGGAUGGAGCGAUGCUCGAGACUGGUUCGAGCAGGCCUUCGCUGCGGCCCUUGAUGAAUGGGGACCCGAUCCCAAAGAAGGCAUUGUGAAAUCUUUACAGGUUGCCCUGGAUCGCGAACAUUUCUCCUAUGUUUCAGAUGAGGGGCGUCCAUAUAAGACUGUUUUCGGAGUAAGUGGCAUCCGUAUCAUGCCUGGCAGGUUACAUCUUGAGUGA